GGAUCUUAUCCCAGUGUAGGCACUAAAGCCUUUAAACCAGGGAUGAGUGCUGCUGCUGGAACUGGAGCAAACACAGGAGCAGGCAUCAAGCCCAAUGGCUUUGGAAACAAGGGACCUAAAGUAGUGAGUCUAGGCCCUGAAACCCCGAGGCAUCACUCAGUGACCACAUACACCAAAGGAGUUGCUGCACCUGCUGAGCUUGAGCCUACUGGCCGAGUCCCUCUAACCGCCUGGCCUACUGCCGGAGUCGCAUCGCUCCUGACCAAUCAGAAGGGUCCAAAGCCUCAGACGUGGGAGGCUCCUUUGACUCUGCACAGUGAAGUGCCAGAGCUUGCGGGGCGUGUCCCCCAGGAAAAGCCUGCCAGGCCGGCGGUGCCAGGGUUGGCACGCGUGCGUCCCCAGAGCAAGCUUCCCAAACCAGUUGCUCCAGUGCUGCCUAUCUCACAGGGACAGGUUCCAUUCCACACUGCAGGCCUCAUCCCCACCAGGCCAGUGCAACCAGCUCCGUUCCCAUAUGUUCCCCAGGCGAAAGCACAGAAGCCCAAUUCCCAGCCCCUACAACCUGCCGAAGCCCAGCAGGCACCAGUUUUCCUGCAGGGAAAAGGUCCAAAACCAUACGCCCCUGCACCAGCAGCAGUGCUGCCCCAGUCCGAGCUGCCCCGGCCCACCGAGCCCAUGCCGUCCACAGGAGCUGCACCAAGCAAAGGCCUGAAGCCUAUAGUGUCAGAACCAGUCCCACCACAGACCCAGUAUCCUCUAGUACCAGUGGGACCAGCCCAGACUAUGGCUCAACUGGAUGGACUGAAAGGGGCAAAUCCUGAGCUGGCAGGUGUAAUGCAGCCUAACAGGCAGGGCACGAAGCCUGCACAAACUGAUUGUACACUUGGAGGAGUGUCUGGACAAUGGACUAAGAUUCCGAGUGCUGGAUAUGGUCCUGCAGCAUGGUACCUAAACAGUGGAGGAGCCAAAGCCUCUAAACCAGGGUUUGGCCCCCUUGCAGAUCCUUCUUAUAGCAAAACACUGAACAAAGGGCAAGGUUUUGGAGGAUAUGGAGCCAAACCCAAACAGCUGGGCUUUAAUGGAGAAGGGCUUCUCCCAGGGACUGGCUAUGGCUAUGGAAAUGUUCAAGCCGGUGUUGCAGAGGCGAUCAAAGGAACCAGUCAGACCGAACCCCAGACCACUGAACUCGGUCCUGGAGCAAAAUCUGUUGGUGCUUUUGCAGGCGUCGGUGGUCUGCCUUUUGCUGGCUCUCCAGUGGGAUACAGCCCUGACCCAUACGGCAGAUAUGGCAACCCCUAUGGAGCUCAUCCAUUUGCAUCUAAACCAGGAGGAAACUAUGGUGGCCCAUUAGGGUCAAAACCAGCAGGAAACUAUGGUAGCCCAUUUGGGUCUAAACCAGCAGGAAGCUAUGGUGGCCCAUUUGGGUCACAACUUCAGGAGCUCAGCUUGCCUCCCCAAACUGCUGGCAAAUAUGGGCUUGGCGGAUUAAAGUAUGGGGGCCAUGGUGGUGAUACUACACCCUCUGGCACUUACGGAGUAGGAGGACUGCCCUAUGGUGCCAGUCUAGGGUCUGACUCUGGGAAUACUGGGAAAUAUGGCCCACCUGCUGUACCUUAUAGUCCUGAGUCUGUGAGCCUUGGUGGUGAUACUAAAUCAGGUGUGAAGUAUGGUAAUCCGGCUCUGGCCUUUGAUGCUCUUGGUCCAGUGACGGAUGGGAAGUCCAUUGAUCAGCCUGCAUUGCCAUAUGAACCUCUGGCCCCUGGGCCUCAGAUCGACGGGGUGAAAUCUGUAGACCAGUUCGGAGAACGGGAGAUCCCUCCACAGCAUAACAUGGGAAUUGUAGAUGGAUUCGGAGAACGGAAUGUCAAAACGGACAAAUACGGAACAGGAGCAAUUGGAGUACAAGCAGAGGGUUCAAAGGAGAGUAAAUAUAACCUGAUGGGAUUCUUUGGGAAUGGAUAUCAAGGAUGACGCUGAAGAGGAAGAUGUGCAUUAAUAGUGCAUUAUUGAUGUUUUUAGUAAUUAUUGUGUAUUUAUCAUUCUGUUGACACAUUUUUAAUGUUUCUUUGUUUUUUUAAGCAAAAUAUCCCCUUUAGUCAUUUUCACAACCGCCCAUUUAACUUUCAUUCGGAAACAAGAUAAUUGCAUGUACCAUAGGGUAUAAAUAGCGCGAGGCUUUUUAAAUAUAUUGGGCGUUUCAUCUGAAUCUCCGUUUCUUCUGUUUUCGUUACGUUUGUUCAGAUUACCGUGUUUGUUUACUUUCUCCUGUUUGUGUCUACAUGUUUAACUUUUGUGUACUAUUUUGUAACUCGGAGCAGAAUAAUUUAUUUAGGGCAAUUGAUUUCGAUUUUUUUCUUCCUGU